AUGGCACCAACAACAUCAUAUUUCUCCCCAUCACUCUUCUUCUUCUUCUUCUUCCUCUCCUUUGCCCUCACAUCAUCAUCAUCCCAUGGCUCGUCGACAAUCACGACUCACCUCAUCCACCGCGACUCCACAUUCUCGCCGUCGUACGACGCCGCCGAGGCGGUGGCCGGUCGAGCCGCGAGGGCCGCGGAAGCUUCACUCGCCCGCCACCGCUACUUGUCCACGCUGAAGGACAUGCCGCGCGACGUGGAGGCCGGGCUGGUCCUGGCCGCGACGGUCAACCUGUUCUACGUCAACUUCUCGAUCGGCGACCCGCCGGUGCAACAGCUGGCGGUCAUGGACACGGGGAGCAGCCUGACGUGGGUGAAGUGCCUGCCUUGUAGUCCGUGCACGCCGGGCGGCGGGGCGGCGACGGCGUUGUUCGAUCCGGCCAAGUCCAAGAGUUACUAUGCGCUGCCGUGUACCGACGACAACGAUUUUUUCAAUGAUCCAUGUUCACUUUCCCUAACAUGA